CGAUUGCCAUCACGAUUUUUUCAUGACCUUUGAACUCUCGCAGGGCUGUGGUGAUUGGAAUGAGCUCCGACAUUUUACUGGAGGUAGAUGGUGCUGGGUGCAGUCGAAGCGGAUAUUUGAGGGGUUGUGGGUGUCUUUCUGCGGAGACGAGCGAUGUAUAAUUGCAAUUUGCAGCAACUGACGAAAGGUAGCUCUACAAGUAUGAGGUUCGGGGGAACUCCGGUCCGAGGGAAAAUGCACUUACGCACUCCCAUUCCCAUGGGGUAUGUGGAACUCUUGGACUACCUGGGGGCCUCGUUCACAGAGGGCCUGGGUGGUUUGAUACCCACUAAAACCCCGAGGGCGAUGGCCAGUUCUUUGGUAUUGGUUUGUUGGAUGUUAUUACUUUCUUCCAUGUGGCCGUUACUACCAGUUUUUCGAAGGAUUGUGUAUGGUUUUUCUGCAGAGUCUCUCCUCCUUGUCACCUUUUCAUAUUGUGCACCUUCGACACCACAUGUCGCACUACCGGUAUCAUUCUCUCCGGUGGAACGGGCACGGACUGCAAGGGAACCAAGGCCAGACCUCUAUGGCGGGAGGCUACGGCUCUGUCUAUCGAGGACAGACUACGACACACGCGAGGACUACCGACUACGAGCCAGGACUCCUGCCACUCCUGUCCUGUGCUGCCAGGGCGCCCCGCUCCACCGGUAGCUUCUCCGCAUUCUUGUGUAUAACUGAUAUACGUCAGCUCGUUCCUUUAACUCCCGCUGAGACUUGCUCUAGCGAAUAGGUUAUGAGCCCUGCCUGAGUUGUCAAACACAACCCAGGCAAUCGAUUCGGCCAACUGGGGCUCUCGCACAUGACACGCUCACUGAAUGAUCAAACUAUUUUGGUAUCUCCAAUCACUUCCCAUAUCCUUCACAACUCGUUCUGUCCGGUGAUGAGUGACCUAUUACCACUCCGAAAUUGUUCGGCUCCUACAGCGAGUACAAGCAAAAACUCAGGUGAAGACC